GCACUCUCAGUUUCACCGCUUGAUCUUGGGACCCACCGCUGCCCUCAGCUCCGAGUCCCGGGCGAGCGCAGCGCAGUGCAUAGCACAGCAGAGCGGGCGAAGGACCCCGGUCGAGGGCGCGGACGGCACGCGGGGCAUGAACUUGGAGGGCGGCGGCCGAGGCGGAGAGUUCGGCAUGAGCGCGGUGAGCUGCGGCAACGGGAAGCUCCGCCAGUGGUUGAUCGACCAGAUCGACAGUGGCAAGUACCCGGGGCUAGUGUGGGAGAACGAGGAGAAGAGCAUCUUCCGCAUCCCCUGGAAGCACGCGGGCAAGCAGGACUACAACCGCGAGGAGGACGCCGCGCUCUUCAAGGCUUGGGCACUAUUUAAAGGAAAGUUCCGAGAAGGCAUCGACAAGCCAGACCCUCCCACCUGGAAGACACGUUUACGAUGUGCUCUCAAUAAGAGCAAUGACUUUGAGGAACUGGUUGAGCGGAGCCAGCUGGACAUCUCAGACCCGUACAAAGUGUACAGGAUUGUUCCUGAAGGAGCCAAAAAAGGAGCCAAGCAGCUCACCCUAGAGGACCCACAGAUGGCCAUGAGUCACCCCUACACCAUGACAGCGCCUUACCCCUCGCUUCCAGCCCAGCAGGUCCACAACUACGUGAUGCCACCCCUUGACCGAAGCUGGAGAGACUAUGUCCCUGAUCAGCCGCACCCGGAAAUCCCGUACCAAUGUCCCGUCACAUUUGGUCACCGCGGCCACCACUGGCAAGGCCCAGCUUGUGAAAAUGGUUGCCAGGUGACAGGAACCUUUUAUGCUUGUGCCCCACCUGAGUCCCAAGCUCCUGGAAUCCCCACAGAGCCAAGCAUAAGGUCUGCUGAAGCCUUGGCGCUCUCAGACUGCCGGCUGCACAUCUGCCUGUACUACCGGGAAAUCCUCGUGAAAGAGCUCACCACGUCUAGCCCCGAGGGCUGCCGGAUCUCCCACGGACACACCUACGACCCCAGCAACCUGGACCAGGUCCUGUUCCCCUACCCAGAGGACAAUGGCCAGAGGAAAAACAUUGAGAAGCUGCUGAGCCACCUGGAGAGGGGUGUGGUCCUCUGGAUGGCCCCUGACGGGCUCUAUGCGAAAAGACUGUGCCAGAGCAGGAUCUACUGGGACGGGCCCCUGGCGCUGUGCAACGACCGGCCCAACAAAUUGGAGAGAGACCAGACCUGCAAGCUCUUUGACACGCAGCAGUUUUUGUCAGAGCUGCAGGCAUUUGCUCACCACGGCCGCUCCCUGCCAAGAUUCCAGGUGACUCUGUGCUUUGGAGAGGAGUUUCCAGACCCUCAGAGGCAAAGAAAGCUCAUCACAGCUCACGUAGAACCUCUGCUAGCCAGACAACUGUAUUAUUUUGCUCAACAAAACAGUGGACAUUUCCUGAGGGGCUACGAUUUACCGGAACACAUCAGCAGUCCAGAGGAUUACCACAGAUCUAUCCGCCAUUCCUCCAUUCAAGAAUGAAAAACAUCAAGAUGAAUGGUUUUCUUUUUUUUUUCUUUUCUUCUUCUUCUUUUCUUUCUUUCUUUCUUUCUUUUUCUUUUUAAUUUUUUUACUUUUUUUUUAAUAAGGUCUUGCUCUAUUGCCCAGGCUGGAAUGCAGUGGCAUGAUCUUGGCUCACUGCAACCUCCGCCUCCCAGGUUCAAGAGAGUCUCCUGCCUCAGCCUCCCUGGUAGCUGGGAUUACAGGUGUGAGCCACCGCCACUGCACCAGCCCAAGGCAAAUGAUUUUCACUGUAAAUAUUUGACUUUGGUGAAAGCAUGUAAUUGACUUCCCUCUUGCUGUUUUAAGGAACUCAGAAGUGGAAAUUUCAGUUCAGCAGUUGAGGAGAAUUGCCAAGAGACAUGUAUGAAAAAUCAAUGACAUCUGAUUGGCAGAUGAGCUUAUUCCAAAUGCAAAGGUGGUUUUGCAUUUCUUGUUUUCCAUAGACUGCCAUCAUUGAUGAUCACUGCGAAAAUUGACCAAGUGGUGUUUACAUUUACUUAAACGUCCUCUUAAAUCUCAACUUGUUGUAGAUUAGGUCUUGCUGGAAGAUUGAGCAAAAUUGCUUUUCAGUAUCGACCACUGACUAGUGUGAUGACUGCUCGUAGGUAUAUCUGUACCAUUUCUCAGGGAAGUAAGGUUUAAAUUGAAGAAGACUCACCCACAAAAGAAAUAUAUUCAUGUGUGUAGGAGCUGUAGUUCUUGUGGAAGUCUCUUACUGAGGGGAGGAAACACAAUCUUUGAUGGAAGCUGUGCCUGUAGCUGUGAGGAGGCCCAUUCCCCACCUGCCAGUGGUUUCCUGGUAUGGGCCACUCUGCCCUGCUGUCUCCCAUUGGCUUUCUCUCCUUGGCCUUCCCUGGGAGCCAGCAAGUAAACUUCCUAUUUCCUUGAGCCAAAAAACAUAGGGGCACUCUGAAACGAGGCAUUUUUGUCUUAAAAUCAGGUGAUGGCUAAGUUUUCUUGUUUGUUUUUUUCUGUCUCUCAUUCUUUAGAAAUGCAAAAAUUCUUCUCCUAAAGAAGAAAUUAGGAAACAUAUAUCUUAAUACUUGGACUGUCCACGUACUAAGCCCUUUGUUCUUCUACUAAACCCUUCUGUCCACAAACUAAGUUAUUUGUUUCCCUCCUCUGAGCUACUCCCCUCUGUUUGUUUGGCUGUCCAGUGUCAGCCAUGGCGACACUAAAGGAGGAGGAGGAGCCGGGGACUCCCAGGCUGGAGAGUCAGGACCCGCCACGUGAAGCAGGAUGGAGCUGACUGUGGAACUGCACAUUCAGUGGGCUAGUUCUGCUUAUUUCAUCUCUUCUAUGCUUCCUCCUGCCAAUUAUAGUUUGACAGAGCCUUAAAAUUACUGGCCUUUUUCCAAAUGCAUCUAUUUGGAAAGCAAAGACCUCCUCUUGCUUAAGUAAACCUGAUCACUUACAUUUUUGUGGUUUUGAGAAAGGACAGCAGUGUAGACUGGGGUGUCGCCUCCAGGGUGCUUCUCAUACUGCAGGGUAUUUACUAUUACUCCCAGCAUCAGCAGAAGAUUGCAGAGCUCUCAAGUGUAUGCUCCUGCUCAUCUAAUCAAUAAUUUAGAUUCAUUCAACAAGCCUGUUGUAUCCCUACAUUACACAGGUUUCAGCCUUUAUCAGGCUUAAUGAGCAUGAAACACUGACACAUCAUUUUUUAAUGUUUAAAACGGGUUUCUAAUAUUAAAGUCAUAAUAUAUCAACUACAGAAAAUACAAACAGUAGAGAAAUAAACAAAAAUAAAAAGCAUUCUCCUUUUUUCCCAGCCCAAAUUCUCCUCUCUAAAAGUGUCCACAAAAAAGUGUUGUUUAUUCUUCUAACACAUUUCGCUUUUCUGUAAAUAUACAUAAAUUUAAAAAGAAAACCUCAUGGUGUCAUCUCGCACACACUUUCAUGCAGUGCUCUUUGUAGCUGACAGUGAAGAUUUACCUCGUUCUGCUCAGAGGCCUUGCUAUGGAGCUCUGCUAACACCUACUCAGUAGAUUUUGACAUUUCAUGAGCCACACAACACUUAUAUUGGGCAGCAGACUGUUUUGUGAACUGCAGUGAUGUAUACAUCUUAUAGAUGCAAAGUGUUUUGGGGUAUAUUAUCCUAAGGGAAGGUAAAGAUGAUAUUAGGAACUGCUGUUUCACGGGGCCCUUGCCUGUGACUCUCUUUGCUGAAGAGUAUUUAACCUCACAGGGCACUUGAAAGGAGCUCUCUUGGAAGUCUGUCCCAGGAACACCUAUCCUGUCCUCUUAAUUCUCCAGCGGAUGCUCCAUUUCAAUUGCUUUGUGACGUCUUCUUAUUCUUUUUUAUAUUAUGCUGCUUUAACAGCAGAGCUGAAUUUUCUGGAAAAUGCUUGUUGGCUGGGGCUACUACCUCUUUUCUUUAUAUCUAUGUGACUGUUACUUUUUUUUUUUUUGAGUGAUCCAGCAUAUGACCUAUGGAAUGAACUAGAUAUGAAAUGCUCAGGGUUGGAAAUCCUAGCACUUGUCCCAGCACUCUGCAGAGGAAUGGCUUCCUCAUUCCUUGUCUUGAUAAAGUGGAAUUGGCAAACUAGAAUUUAGUUUGGACUCAGUGGACAAUGCUUUUGAAGAGUCUGGGAACUGCUUAUGUUAAAGAGUAUUGGGGCACAUGGAAAAAAUGUAUGUGUCUCCCAGGUGUAUUUCUUGGUUUCUGUCUUGUUCUUGAGAUUUUGUAUAAUUAGGAAAACCUCAAGCAGUAAUUAAUAUCUCCUGGAACACUAUAGAGAACCAAGUGACUGACUCAUUUACGACUGAAACCUUGGAAGCCCCUCAAUCCCCGGUGAAACAGGACAGUUAGUCACCCUUCAGAAAACCCAGCUAAUCUAUUGGGUAUGAACUAAAAAGAGACUGGUCCAUGGUGAGAAAAAAAUGUAAAAACCCUACAGUAGAAUGAGCAGCCCUUACCAAGGGCAGGUAUGUGUUUGUUUGAAAAAGAUGGUCUUCAGGCUAAGACAUACAUGCAGCUAGCCCCAGGGGUGGAAUAAUUCUGAGAGUCUUGGGUGCUCACACCUCUCACCUUUGUUGAUGCUCCACCAGGAAGGCCACUUUGUGUGUGCACAUGUCAGUGACUUUGUUAGUAACAAUUCAGAUACAGUGUAAACUUCCUCUCAUUGUUGUCCAGUCACAUGCCCCCACUUCCCCACAGGUGAAAGUGUUUUCUGAAAGUGGUGGGAUUGCUCAACGUCUGUAUUUGUAUUACCUAUCUCCCCAAAGCAUCUGUGGCUGGCGGCCUCUCUGAAUGGUGCAUGAAGGCUGUCUGACCUUACACACCAUUUUGCAGGUUACUUUUUACACGCGCCAGUUUUGAGACUGAUCCUCGAUGUAGGUGGAUCUCCCUGAGAUCCUGAUAGCCUGUUACAUGAAUGCCGUAAAGGUCAGUUUUUCUGGUAUUUAUUUUCACAGCUUUGAAGAAUAUGCAUAAGAAGUGUAGCUGAAGUAGAGGGCAUGAGAGAGAAGGGCCAGGCCAGCAGGCCAACCCUCCUCCAGUGGAAUUCCCGUGUUGCUUAAAACUCUGAGCUAGAUGGGACUUAACAGGCAAUGGGGUCUGCUUCCCCCUCCUCAGCAUCCCGUGCCCCUGACUUUCUGCUGAGACAAUUACCAUCAUGUAGGACCCAAGAGGCCCCCCGACUGAAAGUUUGAAUUUCUAUACUGAAUCUGUGUGUUGUUGAGAUUUGUAGGAAAGGAUGCUUCACACACUAGAUGGAGCAUGCUGUGCUGCCUUUGGUAUAUGUCGUGAAUUUUUAUGUAAAUUGUUCUGCAAAGCAAAUUGAUAUGUUUGAUAAAUUUAUGUUUUUAGGUAAAUAAAAACUUCUAAAAACUU